AUGCGAUUCCUCAAACCGACCAUCACUAUCAAAAGACUCAUGAGCAUGUUGAUGAUCACCGACAGGGUCGACUUUGGACAGGGCGGGCUCGUCAUCGACGACGACGAAGUGCUGGAUAAGGACCUGACCCUAAUGCAAUGUGGGAUCGAGGAUAUGGCCGUGUUGAAGGUCUUGAAGAUUGAGAAGCGUCCAAGUCAAGGUCAUUUCCCUAAACAGGUCACAGUCCUCGACAGUGCGAAUGGACGCAAAGUAUCGAUCCCCAAUACUUCCUUAUUCACCACCGUCGCCGCUAUCCGAAACAAGAGCCUUUCCAUGCUCAAUUCGACCAACAGUUUGACCCUGCAGAUUGUCUACAAGGGAAGGGUGCUCGACGGCAAGACGCCGAUCACGGAUCUUGCACUCGAGCCGGAUGAUGUGUUGCAGCUGGUUUAUGAUGGGCCAAUCACAUUCGAGGUCAAGAACAUUGCAGACAAUCCCUCUCCCUAUACCGCAAUUGCCUCUCUUCGCCGGACAGAUUCAAUUGAUGUCCUCAAGGAUCAUCUGUACGAGCUCUUCAAGAUCCCCGUCAGUGACCAGAAGCUCUGGAUAAACGCUCGUCCCGUGCCAGAUGAUCAUCUCAUCUUGGACAAUCUCAAUCUGUCAGAGCAGAAAAAGCUGGUAGUCGGGAGCAAGACGCAUUCGCCAAUCUUGUGCAAAACGUCGAAUGGUGAUAUGCCAUUGUUCGUGUCGUUCAAUGACAAGGUCGGGUCUUUGAGAAGUGUCCUUCGUCAUCACAAACGGGUGGAUUUCUCUACCCAUGACCUCGUGUACAAUGGAGUGGUCCUCAGUGACGACUCGCGUACGCUAGGGUCGUACGGGGUUGACGCCAAGCAUCCUGUAUGUGCUGAGAAGAAGCAGGCGAGCGAGCCUGUACAGAGUCCUGCCCAGGGGCCCGUUCAAGAGCCAGUUGAACAACAGACGGCGCAGGAGGAGGCCAGUCUUACAAUAUCUAUCCGAAAUCUUAUGGGCGAGUACCGUGAAUAUAAAGUAAAACCAUCAAUGGGCGUCAACGACCUCAAAAUUGCCAUCGAAGCUAGAGAGAAUGUGGCUGUCGGCUUCCAACGCUUGAUGCGGCAGAAUGUGGAGAUCAAGGAAGGGACCUUGAAGGAUUGCGGGAUAGUAGACGGGGAUAAGGUCGUUGUGGUGCGGCGCCUGAAAGCACGGGAAAGUGAGAGCCGUCCCUCGCCUGAGGGGUCGAGUAGUCCGAGUAAAAGGCCGCGGAUAGAAUGA